GGUAAUGGACCAGUGAAAGUUACUGGAAGAAUCAGUGGCUUGACUGAUGGAGAUCAUGGCUUCCAUGUCCAUGAAUUUGGGGACAAUACAAAUGGGUGUACCAGUGCAGGUUCUCACUUCAAUCCUGAAGGCAAGCAGCAUGGUGGACCAAAGGAUGCAGAAAGGCACGUGGGAGACCUUGGCAAUGUGACUGCUAAAGGAGGUGUAGCAGAAGUGGAAAUAGAAGAUUCCAUCAUUUCUCUGAGUGGACCAUAUAGCAUCAUCGGACGUACCAUGGUGGUCCAUGAAAAAUGCGAUGACCUGGGUAGAGGGGGAGAUAACGAGAGCAAAUUAACUGGAAAUGCUGGCCCUCGCUUAGCUUGUGGUGUAAUUGGGAUAGCGAAGAGCUAAGUAUUGUACCUGAGGUGUGUAAGGUGACAGUGACAAAUGGGCUGUAUUUCAUUGCAAACGCUGUACUUGCCCUUCCUUGUGCAAGCAAAAGAUUUAUCACUUAAUCUCAUUACUACUCUGUGUUCCGAGUACCACUUAAGCUGGGGAAGACUGACUUAAUUUUGUAUGAUGUAUAUUGCAAUUAAAGUGACCCUGAUGGAA